CCUUUUUAGAUAUGACAAAGAAACAAGGGGAAAAAAAAAGUUAAAUCAUAGCUACUUUUAGCCUAUAAUCGCUCACCUCUGCCGACAGACGCCUCCCAUUCGCCAUCUCUGGUCUGAUAAAGGUACGAAGAAGCGGCACAAAAGAGAAACCGUGAAAUGCAGGCGGCGUCGCUUUUCUUUUGAUUGGAAAACUACGAAGCGGAGUAGAAAGCGUGUGCAACGUGUAAAAGUGGAGCGCACGCACCGAGCUGGCCUCGUGUCUUAUCAUCUGUAAAUAGAGCGAAAACAUGGCCACCACUUUUGCAGGUUCGAAGUUCUCCACCAAACAUGUUCUAGCCGACGACGACGAAGAGGGGGAGGAGGAGCAAACGGAGGAGGACGAGGAGGAAGAAGACUCCGCAAAGUCUGGUUCGACCAGCUCGUUCAGUCUGCAGGAGUGCAUCGACGAGUUCCGGGCACGCCGCACCCGCCGGGUGUCCAGCCACAGUCGCGACUGCGACAGCAACUUGCCGAGGAAUAAUCGGGAGCCAAGAACGCGCCGGACCAUGGACGCAGACCUAAUCAACCAGAAUCGAUGCAACAAGGAGCAGGAGCGCAAGGGCAAACCUUGCCAGAACGGCUUCUGCUAUUGCUUUACCAGCGACAGUGGCGACUGCGCUUCCACCGCGCCGCCACGUGACCAGCACGUGCGCCUGCCCCGGCGCAGCAGGCGGUCCGAGAGCAGCAAGGCCACCAAGCACAACAAUCUGGGCAGUCAGGAGAAACAGCAGCCGGAAAAACGCCGUCUGAGUGAACCAGCCAAUGUGAAAUCCUCGAGCACGUCUCCUCUAACUGCUGUCAGUCGCCUGCGAGCCGUGUCCGGCGACAGUGAUCCGCUUAUACACAUCAUCCAGGAGCUGCGCGACAACUGUGUGGUGUCCGAGGUGCGGGUAAAUCGUCAAAAGUUGCCCAUAGCCACUUGCAGGCACAGGAGAAACACUCAGUCGCAAACUCUCAAGGCAACCACAACGACAAAACAAGCGAGCUACGAGGCCAUAGAGUACAAGCCCUCGGCUCCUGUUCUCUCCAACAUCAGUGAGCAGGAGUCCGCUGUGGAGGAGGAGUACGAGAAGGAGAUGAAGCACGAGAAGGAGUCGUUAGAGCCCUCAAGUCGCCGAAGCUCUGGCUCUCGACGCAGCUCUGGCGGAGGCGGACGUCUUCUGCAGAAGCGCCUCUCCCAAAGAGAAGCCAAGUACAAAUCUCGGGUUAGUCAAAAGCCACCGCCGCCAAAGCCACCAAGAUGCAGCUCUCACAGUCUCACGGACGGCACCUCGCUCACCUCCACGAAUCCCUCUGUGCGAGAAGCAGAGCGUGUUCUAGACGAGUUUCUGCGCAAGCGAGGCGUCCGUGUCCCAGUCAGUAAUCUAACCAAGUCAAAGGAGAGCCAGCGCAGAUCCUAUCCCAUGGCUGAGGUGGAAAAGCCCAGGAAAAGUCCUAGCAAGGCACAUCUGCCCACCUGUCCUUCUCUAAGCGAUAUUGAGCGCGUGGUGGAGUCCAAGCGUGGCUCGCAUUAUGCUAGGAAUAUCCGUCAGGAGACGGGCAUCCAAAGCCGGAAGAGUGCCGAAUCCAAGCAGAUCAUACUCGGCUGGACAGAGCCCAAGAUCAGCGACAUGCUCAACUAUGAAGGCAAGCAGAAGGCCAAGGAGUUCGAGACACACGAUGCCCCAGCUCAGCCACAAGUGGCAAUUGGAUGGCAGUUGCCGCAGCCAGUGGUUCCCAAAAUCUCCCUGGACACUGUGGAUGGCAGCAUGAGCGAGAAUCUGGCCUCCAAUAUGGAAUACAAGGACACGCCCAUCAAGUAUCCCCGAGGAAUCAAGAUCACUGCCACUGGCGGCCAGGCUAGCCAGAAGUUCAUUUGGGGCGAGCAGUGGCGAAAUUUGUCGCCCUGGAAGAGCAACAAGUCUAAGAAGCUGGGAACCAAGUCCAAGAACUUUCUUAAUAACUCCAAGAACAAGAUUCUCCGCUUUGUUUCACCCAAGAAAUCGAAUCAGCAGGAGGAGCAACCACAGAUUAGAACACCUCCCAAGCUAUGCACCGUGGGCGUGCAGACCUCCACAUCGCAGCUGGAUCUGCAAUCCCAGUCGCCGCCAGGUAGCUACCACUCUCCCAUGCAGACGACGCCCUCCGCCACAACAACAUCCACUCGCCAGCAGCCGUACUUUGACUUUGAGCGCAAGGUGGAGGCACCAACGCCGCCAAAGAAACUGCCACGUGCCAACCGAGCUCGCAAGCUAGAUUUUCAAGCAGAACCCACAACGGCGGCCACUUAUCGUUCGUAUCAGAAGGAUCUUGACCACGAUGUGACCAUAAACAAGAUGGGCUACCUGCUGAGCAAAAUACGGGCCAAUCUGGAGGCUAGCGACGACCGGGCAGUGAGAACAUUUCGGGACUGCUCUCGCUCUGAUCCUGUGCCUAGCUUUGACUGCACUGAUGGACCUACCAGCAGCCUGGCCACCACUUCUGUGGCCACCACUUUGCGGUUGACCAAUUGCCAACGAGCCGACAGCGAGCCCAUUUAUUCAGAGAUUGAGGAAGACUGCUUGCGGUUUAGGGGGAGUCCCCAUCAUGAGGUCAGGACUGCAGCACAUCCAAAUAAUCCUACCAUUAGCUCCACGGCCACAUCCACGCCCAGCUCUACAGCUUAUGUGAGUGAAAUCACGCCAGUGCCCUCGCCCUCGCCCGCUGAUCUUAGUGCCCUGUACGCCCGGGUGCAGAAGACGCCCAAGAACUCGCCUCAGACAAAGGCACAGGUAGUGCAAAGUGAAGAUGAAGUAACCAGGGUUCCGAUGGGGCAACCUAAAGCCCAGUUAGUACAGAGUGAAGUAACCACAAAGGCGGCGCAGCAAACCAUUGCUGCAGUUCCUAAACCACCCUUGGCCUUGGGUCACUUCCUACACGAAUCCCUGAAAAACGGCAGCUUCUUUCAAUUCAUGCCUUUGCCCGAGGAGCCAGGCAGUAGCUCCGAGACCACCUCCUGCUCGGCCAGUCAGAGCACCGGAUCAUCGGUGGUUCAUCAGCCCAAGCUUAAGUCACCACCGCCACUAACUCAUCAUUCGCUAAACAACAUCAGUGAGAAGGAUUCGCCGCCCAAAAAGAACAGGAAUCUCUCCCGUUCGGAACUCUCGCUGCAGCGCAGUGAAAUCUUUCUGGACAACUUGUGUCGCAGUGAACUAGUGCUAGAUCGCCUGGAGAAAGUGCCCAAUACCUCUUCCCAUGUGGAUUCCGUGUCCUAUGACCUGCCCCAUGAAGGUGUGGAAGAGCUGUAUGCGGAUUAUAGCAGCUCUUCUUUUGUGACCAAUGAGUACGGCUUAGGGCAGAUAGAACCCGAGCCGGAGAACCAAAGUACCCCGAAAAAGAGGCAACAACAGCAGCCACAGCAGCAGAGCCAGAGGUUCACCACCAAGAUUCAGUUUGUCUUUCAGCCUGCCGCCGCCGGUAAUCUAAGCAUUGAUAUUAACGAUGGCCCAGCCACGCCGCUGCGUCAAAAUCUCAGCUUCAGCUGCCCCACAACGCCCCAGCAGGCGGAGACCGUCCUCCACAACAGCUCUAGUUUGGGUGAGCUGCCCAGUGAGAGCCAACUGAUGUCGGUUAGCGCUUUGGCUCGCUAUCGCCUGCUGAAGGAUGCCCUGCGUCGUUCGUAUCGCAAGGGCAAGGACUUUAUCAAAGCCGAAAAGCAGCGGCUGGCUCAGAGUUUGAAUUUGUCGCGGGAUCAGUCCCAGGCAGGGGAGUGCGACAGUAGCACCUACUAUGCCAGCUUUAAUUUGGAUUCCCUGCUGAACGAGUCGCUAAGCACCAGCGAGCAACUGGCCCAGGCUGUUAGUAUCUGCCGCCAAAUGCCAGAGCUGGAGAUCUCCUCGGAGAUGGUGGAGGCCGAGCGAUUGCUGCUUUUCUCUAGCCUGCGUAAGGCAGCGCCGCUCAGUGAGGAUUAUGCUGUUGUAGCUGCUGAAAAUCCAGGGCGUUCCCAGUGCCUUUUGAUUGAUGCGAUGGAGCUGCCUGUAAGGGCCGAUGUGAGCCUGGAUAUGUUCUUCAACUAUCACUUUAUCUGCACCUUUGAGAGCGGCGGUGUCAUACGUUCCACGCAGUCGGUGGAGUGUCAGAAUGGCUCGGCCUUCUUUAGGGACUGCGGCCUGGAGUUUUACAGUGAUGAAAGGUCGGAUUCCCUGGAGCUGCGUUGCCAGAUCUUCAUGCUGCGUCUGCGCAAGGUCUCCACACUUUCCCUGGAGCCUGCCAAAUCGCUGCGUCGUGGCAGUGGCAAUCUGGGUUCCUCCAACUCCAACUCUUCAGCGGGUUCUUCUGGACCAGAAAACAUAAUCUCCCGGUUUAGGUUGCAUGCGUCGUUUACCCUGAGAGCCAUGGACUUAGCUCCCUUUGAACUGGUGGCCAGUGAGACAAGAUCUGGUGACAAGAUCUGCCUGCGCAGCUCGAAAACCUGGAAGUUUCCUCUAAGUCCACACUCCAAGUCCACGAAUCUGGGACCGGGUAUAUCCAUCACAGGCAGAGUGGAUCUACGUCUGCCCAAGAUCCAUUUCGCUGGUUACCUAAACGUGCAGGAUCCUAAGAGCAGACACCACUGGAACCGCCGCUGGUGCAGCCUGGAUGGUGUGCUCGUAUCCGUUUGGCAGCACGAGCACAAUCUGGCAGAUGAAUCACCCAUUUUCACCAUGGAACUGCCGGGAUGUGGACAAACUGAUAUAUCGGCAGCUCCCCGAGAGCUGUGCGCUCGAGCCAGGAGCUUUCUGGUCCAGGGCAAGCAGUCGGAAUACGAAUCAGGUGUCUUCUUUGCGGCAGAUACUCAAGCGGAGCUGCUAGAAUGGCUAACACACUUGAAUGAGGCUCUGCGAUUUGCCAGGCAUUGGCUGAGCGCCACCUGACAGGUGUUGCAUUCCAUAGAUAUUCCUUAUUUUUCCGCCUUUUUUUUGCCUCCUUUUUUUUAUAUUUUAUCUAUGUUUGUGUUACGUUAUGUAUUUAUAUAUAUAUAUUUUGGUAUUCUCCGGGAAUUGUAAAUUUGAAUGUUUGCCAUGCAAACUUGCCGUUGGAAUUGAGUUUAAGUUAAAUUGUAGAAAGAUAUAUCUGUAGAUUUAGAAAGUAAACAUUCCUGGGCCUUUUGGGGGGUGAAUAGUCAAUAAUAUCGGAACUAUGGAUGUAUAUCGAGAGGAAAAUAAUGUAAACUUUGAUAUAUUGAAAUUUUAAAUAUAACAAAAUAUGGGAUAAAUGUUAAAAUAACGAUAAUAUUAAAAGAAAUUU